UGGAGAUGGAGUAAAAUCAAAAGUAGAUCUAAUCCAAAAUCCAAAACAUAGUUGCAGCAUAAACCUCAUUUCAUUGCCUUCGUAUUCCAACCGUUUGAAUGUCAUUUUCGGCGUUAAAUUACGGCGGUGCUAUCACUCUUUCCCCUUCGUCCAACAAUUUGUGUUUUCCAAUUCCCAAUUUCAAUCGUCGCCGAUUACAUCACAAUCACAAUAUUGUUGUUAAUGUUUCUUCAUUUCAAUCACCAUCAUCCGUUGUCAAAUUCGGUAAGAUGUUAACUUCCCUUGUUAGAAACAAGCAGUUUCACACUGCUAUUUCCCUCUCUAAUCAAAUGGAACUCAUUGGAAUUCAACCUAACAUUGUUGCUUUGAACAUCUUAAUCAAUUGUUUCUGCCAACUUGGUCAACUCAAUUUUGCAUUUUCUGUAUUGGCAAAAAUUCUAAAGCUAGGUUAUCAGCCUGAUACAAUAACAAUGAAUACACUUAUCAAAGGCAUGUGUCUUAGUGGUCAGGUUAAGAAAGCAUUGGAUUUUCAUGAUGACGUUAUAGCAAAAGGAUUUCACCUUGAUCAAAUUAGUUAUGGUAUCUUGAUUAAUGGGUUAUGUAAAAAAGGAGAAACAACAGCUGCCCUGCAGUUGGUUACAAGGAUUGAAGCGUUAAUGGUUAAACCGGACGUGGUAAUGUACAGCACGGUCAUUCAUAGUCUUUGCAAGGAUAAUCUUGUGAGUGAUGCCUUUCAUUUAUAUUCUCAAAUGAUUGUCAAGAAUAUUUAUCCUGAUGUUGUCACUUACAAUAAUUUAAUAUAUGGUCUUAGCAUUGUGGGUCAAUUUAAAGAAGCUGUUGGUUUGUUAAAUGAAAUGUUGUUGAAAAACAUCGGCCCAGAUGUUUUUACGUUUAAUACACUGAUGGAUGGUUUAUCCAAGGAAGGAGAGGUAAGAAAGGUUAGAAAUGUGUUAGCUGUUAUGAUAAAACAAGGUGUGAAACCAAAUGUUGUUACUUAUAAUUCUUUAAUGGAUGGGUAUUUCUCGGUUAACGAAGUAAACAAGGCCAUAUAUGUGUUCAACGCUAUUGCUCGAACGGAAGUGAAACCAAAUGUUCGUAGUUACAAUAUCAUGAUUAAUGGAUUUUGCAAGAAUAAAAUGGUAGAUGAAGCCAUGAAUCUUCUUGAUGAGAUGCAUGAUAGAGCCCUACCUGCUAAUGUGAUCACUUACAAUUCUAUAUUGGAUGCUUUGUGCAAAAGCCAGCAGAUUGACAAAGCAAUUGAAUUAUUAGCGAAGAUCAAAGUCCAAGGAAUUCAGCUAGAUAGGAUUACAUACAGUAUACUUGUCGAUGGACUAUUCGAAAAUGGAAGAUUUAAGGAUGCGCUAGAUAUUUAUCAGGAUCUUUUGAUUAAAGGCUACCAUUUGGAAGUGAAGAUGUAUACUAAGAUGAUGCUAGAAAGCUGGAGCAAGAUUGACCAAAGGGUUGCGACAAAGGAAGCGCUGAUCCAUUCUUUGAUGGUAUUAUGAUAGUCCUUCCAUGAUCGCUGGUUUUUGCACACAUAUUUGAUGCUGGAAUGGUUGGUCUCUUAUAUAAUUUGAGGCUAUUAGAUAAACCAUUAAUUUGUUUGGCUUUCUUGUGGGGUUUGCAUGCAUUUACUUUAUUUUUUUUAAUUACUUUAUUCCACAUUUUAAUUGGAGAGUUUGUAAUUCACUUAAACUCUUUGAAGUAUGCACUUUUAAAGAUUACACUGUUUGGAAAGUUUUUGCAUUAGUUUUCUGUUUCUAAAUAAACUGUUGCAUAUUGUUAUUGUUCAUGAUUGAUUUUUUGUAGAUGUAUACGUCUUUUUUGGUUUUGCAAUUUUGGCUCCUCAUAUAUUUCAGAAAAAUGAAUUGUGUGCUAUAUUUUGUUACCCUAUGAUGUACAAAUAGACUAUUGACACUAGUAGAAAAAUGACUUUUGGCUAAGAGAUUCCACUACUGGUAUGUGAAUACCAGUAGUUAAAACCAUUUGACCAAAGGAUUCCACUACUGAUAUUUGAAUAUCAGUAGUGAAAAGUUCAUAGACAAGGGAUUUCACUACCGGUUUUCUUAAAUCAGUAGUGAAAAGUAGACACGGUGGCAAUGUUGUAAUUACGUUGAAAUUUGUUUUAAUUGGAUUUCACUACUGAUUUGGUCUUCAACCGUAGUGGAAUCCCUAUUAGUGUUCAUCAUAUUGUUCAUUCAUUCAUUCCCAAUCCCUAACAUAUAUGUUACGCGAAGCCAAAACGAGAACGAAAUUCCCAAAUCGCCAAAUCCCUAAAAAUCAAAACACUCACUCCAAGUUCUUCAAUCAUUCUCCAAUCUCUUCACCUUAAAUUACUCGAUCCAAUCAUGUAAUCGUCCCAUCGAGAGAAGCAUCGAACCCUAGAUCGGCCGACCCUGCGAGAGAAGUCCACCCAGCUUGACGCGAGAGAUCUAGUCGGUUUUUGGAGUUUUGAUUUCGCCAAAGCUUGACGCGAAACCCUAGACGGCCACCCAGCUUUCAUUCGAGAAAGGUGAUAACAAAACUCUAGAUCUAAGUCGAUUUUAGUCGUCCUGUAAAUUUUUGUGCGUCCGUCUACUUUCUGCAAUUUUUUACUCUGCGCGCAUUUCAGUUUAUGUUUCAAUCUGGUUUCAAGAAUCUCUUGUUUGUCCAAUUAAUUUUGAUCAACUGUUUCUUAUCAAAGGGAGUUUGUCGGCGAGUCCAUAUUUGAAAUGAAGACAAUAUCAUAAUUUUGUCGGUCUGAACAUAUGCAAUUCAGUUUUAUGGUUUGGGAUUUCACGUAAUAAGCCCAAUGGUGACCGUAUUCUUUUGGUGAAUAAGUUAGCCUGACUUUCACCCUCACCGAAUUUGUGUCAUUGGUAAUUCAAUAUAAACGUCGAGUGUCUUGAGCUCCUUCACUCACAUGUUAAUGAUUCCAGUCCUUGUGAAACCAGCUUUCAUCAUUCAUAAAUAAAUUAUGUAAAAUUUUUAUUUUGAUUAAGUUUUGGGGGAAUAUAUAUUUCUGCCUACCCAAAAAAUCUACAUAUAAUAUUGAAUUGCAAGUUAUUUUGAGCACAAAAUAUCUGAUUAAAAUAGCACUAAAGGCUUCUCUAUUAAAAAUUCUAAACUUUUAAGUUGGGCUUACUGUGAUAGCAGCAAGCCAGGCCGUUCUACUACAAGCAGAAUAUGCAGAGAAUAUAAUCGCUCAAACGGGACUCAAGAAGCCAUCAGACGUUAUAUUGAAUAAAGUGGCUGAAGAGCUUUUCCAAGAGUUUCGAAGUACAGGUGCUAAUAUAUCACAGCCCUUUUUCAAGAAGGCCCAUAGAUGGUAAGUAAAUCUGACUUUUCAAGAAGGCCCUUUUUCAAGAAGGCCCAUAGAUGGUAAGUAAAUCUGACUUUUCUGCGAUUUCACAUGUCAUGGACAUAUAUAAUAUUUCUAGCGUUACAUUCGAUUGUUAGAUAGAGCCUUGAGACCCGAGAGAACUAUCUCAAGUUCUAGAUUAUAGCUUAUGUAGCACCGACACCUCACAUGAACCUCCUUGUUGAUCCUGCUACAGCAGAUUAAGUAACGAGCUAAGCAAAACUAAAAAUUUACUAGGUUAGUGUUGAGCCGAUGAAACAAAUUUUUGCUCAAGAUUUUGGCUUUUUAUUAACUGCUGGACCCAUUUUCCAAAACUUAGAAAUCGUAGUUGAGCACAAGCUGAAAGGAUUUAGGAGAAAAUUCAGUCGGCUGCCAUUUUGUGAAAAAGAGAGAUAUCAGUCCUUGUUAAACCAUUCUGCACAUAACCUGAAAUUACAGUGUUCCAAAGAGAGAAGUUGGUGGAAUCAAGCCAACAUCUGUUCUUGAACUGACUUUCUCACCAAUAACAACCAACUCUCUUAAAACCUUAACAGAACAUUCAGUCUCACCACUGAAAGUAUUUCCCGAUAUCAUAGCAUUUAAGCUAUAAAAUCUGGAUUACUAACCAUCCUGAAUAACCUUGCUGUGUUGCAGGUUAGUUUUUGUUUGUUGCAGAUUAGUUUUCGUUAUUCGGUUACUUAACCUGUUGUAGCAGGUUAAACAAAGAGGUCCAUGUUUUGGACUAGGAGCAUGUUAAGAUAAUAAUAAUUAACCCCUUUCUUUACAAUGUUUUGGUUGAUCGUUGCUUAGUAUUUGAUGUAUAUUUAGGCCUUGUUUGGAUAGUUAAGCGCUUAUCAUAUCAUAUAAGUACUUAUGUUUACGCAUUUCUUUAACAAAAGAUAAUUCUUUCGCGGGGUGGGUGAGGGGGGAGUGUUUGGGAGAUAAACCAUUUGUCUCCCUGUCCAUCAACUUAAGCUUUUGGAGAGUUUGUACUGUGAAUGGUUUUUUGUUUUGGGUGGGGGAAGGAGUAAGGAAUUGAUGUACAAUGGGACACACUAACUUGAUGAUUAGUAUGACUGUCUUUAUGCUAGUAAUUUUAGUUUCGUACUGGUGUGAUACACUGGUAAAAGCCAAUCUAACUUCAUGAUUGCACACUGACGUUCUUUCUAACUUGAUGAUAAUUUUUGUUGACAAGAUUAUAAAUUUAUCACAAUUGACUUUCUAUUAACAUGUUAAUGUCUUAAUUAAUGAAAUGAACAGGAAGGACCUGAAGUUUUAAAAAGGUCUAUGGCUACACCAUUGCCUGUAUUGUACGUGGACGAUGGAAAAGCAGUUUUACGCUUCUCUGAAAUUUUUGGUAUUCAGGAACCUCCUCGAAAGGGAGAGAAGAAAGAGCGUCGGCAUUCCACUCCUAGAGAUAGAUACAAGUCUUUGGAUUUAUCUGAUGAUAUUGUAGAAGAGGACGAAGAGGAGUUCCUUAAAAGCUUCUCUCAAAGUCUCACACUUAGUAAACAGGUUUGGAUGGAGAUAUGUUGCUAAUGACAAACACUAUUCAAAUCGAAAAACUUCUCAGCAACUGAAAUCAAACUCAAAAAAACGCUCAGCUCAUGGUGUCAAAAUUUUUCAUUCGCAACCUGCACUGAAACUGCAGACCAUGAAAUUGAAGUUGAGCAAUAAAGAUAUUGCAAAUUUUCACCGGCCUAGAGCACUAUGGUAUCCCCAUGACAACGAGGUGGCCGUUAAACAACAAGGGAAAUUACCAACACAAGGAUCCAUGAAAAUUAUUAUGAAAAGCUUGGGUGGCAAAGGGUGUAAAUUGCAUGUUGGUGCUGAAGAAACUCUCUCUUCUGUUAAAGCAAAAGCUUCCAAAAAGCUAGGUUGUCAAUUUUUCUUCUCUUUUCUGUUGUAAAAUUUCUUAUUUCAAUAAUAAAAUAUAUAAGCUGUAA